GCCUGCGCAGUGCAUCCAGGGGCUCGGCGGCGUUCGGUGCUGAAGUGGGGCGGAUGGCAGAAAAACGGCGGCGAUGGACAUUACACCGCAGGAUUCCCAUUUACGAUGCCGUUAAACAAGCAUCGGCUCAUCGCGAUUUCACGUCUGUCACCCUAGGACACUGACAGCCCGACAGGAAGGGAUGCUGUACUUUAACUGCUCCCUGUACUCUCAAGUCCAUAAAUGACCCAUUCACCAAGAUCCAAGGAAGCCUAGGACGUGACGGCGAGCAAAACAAAAGGAGCGAGUGGAAUAAGGAAACAAGGAGAGGAAGUAGUCACACCUCACCACAGCUCUCGUGUCCCUUUCUGUGCCAGUCGGUCAGGGAUGGUGACACCAGUGACUUCUCUUCUCUGUGGUGAAAAGAACCCCCUUGCCUUGCCCCGCAUCUCAAGCCAAACAGUCAGUCCAUUAGCCAAACGCACGCUCAGACAGUCCACCAGUCAGCCGCUCCGUCGACCAGCCUGCUAUCGUCCAGCAACCUAUUACCUCACGCCAUGACUGCUCUGUCUGACCUGUUUUUAGGAACUCACUAAUUCAUGCCCCGGAGUGUGAGUGGAGUGGAGAUGAGAAAAAGGCAGGCGGCGCACAUCGAGGCCCCACCCCAGGCCCCUGGACAGCCCCGACCCAACACCUGCUGCCUCUGCUGGUGUGGCUGCUGCAAGUGUCUCUGGAAUGAGGAUAGGAUGGAGAGGACUGAACGACAGACCUGCACCAAGAUGGACAGUAUUGAAGCUGCGGAAGAACAACAACCCAGUCUAGAGGAGGUGCUGUCGUGGGCUCGGAGCUUUGAGAUGAUGCUGCGCUCGUUGGAGGGCAGGGAGGUCUUCCGGGAGUUCCUGCGCUCGGAGUACAGUGAGGACAACCUGCUUUUCUGGUUGGCAUGUGAAGAGCUGAAAAAGGAGACGAAUCCCUCCGUGGUGGAUGAGAAGGCCAGGAUCAUAUACGAAGACUACGUGUCCAUAUUAUCACCCAAAGAGGUGAGUCUGGACUCACGGGUCAGAGAAGGAAUAAACCAGAGCCUGGCCGAGCCCAGCAACCUGAUGUACGAGGAGGCCCAGCUCCAGAUCUACACCCUGAUGCACCGUGACUCCUUCCCCCGUUUCCUCAACUCCACCGUUUACAGAGACCUCCUGGCAAGCAGGAGGCGCACCUGCCUCGACACCUAGACCCCUCCGCCCGCCUUCAUUGCCAUCGUACACCAACGAGACUACUACUUAAUCUUCAAAUACUACUAUGGUGCCAGAAGCCGGGUUUGGAAAAUCUCUCCCUCUUUUUUGAUUGAAAAGACUGAAUGACAUCCAAGAUAGCUGGUUGUUUUUUUCUUUAUUUAUAUUUUUUAAGCAAUUUAUAUCCAGUUCUCCACUGGAGCCAGGUCGGCCUUUGCUGGUUGGUUAUUGGUCAAUUGAAGACCAUUAAUGCUGGCCAGUGAUUGUUUUGCUAGCAAUUUGUGCUGUAUGUUUCGUUUGACUGGCCAACCCACAUGUCAGCUGUCAUUUGAAAUGGCCAACCUGAUGGCCAGCUGUCACUUACCUGUGGACAAGGACUCAGGCGGUGGGGACAGAAAGAGAGAGAGAAAGAGAGAGACAAAAAGGACAAGCCAACUGUUCCCGUACUGUAAUAUUUAGACCUCAUGCUUUCUACCUUCACUUUAAUGUUCUCUCUCUUUACUCAUUCUCUUUCAUGUAUAUUUUUUUGGUUCUCUAAUCAUGUCCCAUUCCUCAGAUGUGUUUAAUUUUGUUCUGUUUUUAAUUUCUUUAUUGUCCAAACAUGACACCUAGUUGUUGGUGGGAGUUGGGCCGUUUCUGCCCGCUUAACCAGUAGAAGCACUGGCUCUGCAUGUAACUCUCUCUUUCUACAGUAGCUUGACAAUGUAAGCCGCGGACUGCAACCAUUUUUCAAUAUUGAGAUGUAUUAAGACAGGGGACCUGUCUCUCUGUCUGGCUGUCUAUGUUCAGUGAAGGGAAAAAGUACACUUCUGCCAAUUUUAAGCUUACUGCAGUUUUUUUAUCGAGGAGAUUUGAUGGCUUCUGCAGCAAAGGUCGCAGCCGCAGCCGCAGCAGCAGCAGCAGCAGCACCUACCCAUCCAUCCAUCCAUCCACCUGUCCAUCCGUCCGUCCGUCCAAGCACUUUCCUUCUUUAGGAUUCUUUAACUGGGAGAAGUAAGGGCUAGAAUUGUGGUUGGGCAGCUACAUGUAUUAUUAUUACUCAUGAACUUUAGACAAAAAAUCUCUCCACUGAGAAAAUCACAAUGCCUUUACAUGUAAGAAAGGCAGCACAAGCGCUGCUGGAGUUCUUCUGGAAAGCAACCACAGUUUGUCCAACGAUCCCUACCUCCCAUCUUUUUUCCCUCCCCCUUCCUCCCUCCAACUCGGACCAUCACAGCCUGACAAGCACAGGUACCCAAUGUGGGGGGGAAAAAAUAUACCGCUGGAGAAAAUAAACAGAAACCCACAUUGACUCCAAAUAGUCAUCCACACUUUGAAAUUCUUGAGCAGAAUAAGUGGGUUUACUUUGUAGUGUUUCACCAUGAUUUGAGCAUUAUGGAAAGCUGGUUCUGCUUGGAGAACAUGAGCAGAUGCAGCAGGCACUGAUGUGAGGGGUUUAUCUAGCCCUGGCCUUUGUCUGUAAGGCUUUAUCUUUAAAAGCUGUAGGUAAUAUGACGGUCCCUGGAGUUGGACGUCCAAUAUCUCGCUGCAGAUACGUGAACCAGGUGCCAAACAUGAUGUCAAAGAAGCUGUGAAGAGAUAUUAGAUGUGACUCGUCACCAGGCGUCUCGGUCAUUCCGGUGCAUGUCUGUUUCUCCAGCAGAUGAAAUUGGGAGAGUGUAUGGUAGUCUUUCAGUUAGCUGCUGCCCAUUUAAGACACUGAUUUUUGAUUUUUUUUUUUUAUUAAAAAUUUUAAUCAGAGCUAGUGAAAAUGGUUGGUAUAAUAAUGCUAACAUUCUAACCCUUUCAACAAGGCUAACUAGGGUUCAGCAUGCAGCAUGCUAAUCCUCCAUCCCACUGCCAGCCCUCACACACUCUGGUUUGUUUUUCUAAUCUGACUUUGACAGCAUGCGAUGAUAAUGGUUAUGUGUGUGUAUGGUACAGUUACACACUUAACAAAAAAAAUUAGAAAAAAAAAAACUUUAAGGGGGUCUUGCUAAAUGUCCCAUCAACAUUUUUAGUAUAUAAAAGCGACAUUUUGUUUUUUGAUGAUGUGAACAUUUGAACAUGAAUUUUGUUCCUGGCCUGUGGACGUGCAGUAGAAAGUGCAUGAGCACAGUAUAUGCUAUUUUUUUAAUUAACUGGGCCUCCAUGUGUAUUCAUCAUAUCACAUGAUGGAUAGCUGAAGUCUUGGUUUGGUGGUUAGUGCAGUCUUAAAGUGUCAAUGAAACAGUGCCACUCUUCACUGAUAAAUGUAGGCAUCCAUGUUGCCACCUCCUUUAACUACCUGAAGUUCACGUGCCAAGUUAGGUCUAGAUUAAAUUUAAGGGUAGACGAUGCAGGAUGUCUAGAAGACUGUUGAAGUGCAAUUGGAUGUAGUUAGUGAUAAUAGAUCGGAGUCUAUUUGAAGCUGUGUCCCGCUAUGUUAGAUUGGUUUUGAAUUGUCGGAAGGUUAUCUUAUAAAUUACUAACCACGAUACCUUUUCAGGACACUCCAAAUGUUUUAAUGCCACUGUUGGAUUAUUCAAGAAUCUGUCUGCCUCUAGUUAGCAUUUGCAAGUUGUACUAGAUGAACUAAAUAUGGAAACAGAUAAUUCAAUUUAUAAAUAAAGAGAAAUACAGUUCUUCUUCUAGAGCAUAGAGUCCAUAGAAUCAUGGGACUUGGGGUUUUCCUCUAGACAUAUUUUUACUUUUCACUAACUAGAUGAAGCUGCCAGUUCAAAACCAAGCUGACAUAUUACUACAAAGAAUUUCUGUUUCUGUGUUAGUUUCAAAUCUGUAAAAUUGACACUGUAAAGUCAAGUAGGCAAGUUUAAACCAAUAAUCACCCAACAGGUUUGCAAUGUUCAUUAUUGAAAAUAUACCAUAUUUAACCUUUGGCAAUACAGUACUCAAAUGCAGACUACAUUAAUAUCCAUAAGGGCUUGAUUGAUGUUGCUUAGCUGCUUUAAUGAAGAGCUGUGCAUGCAUGCGCCCAGUUGAUCAGAAGCAGAGGAAUACAGAGUAAUUAACCAAUUCUGAUACUAAAGGAUCAAUAUUCAGGCUUACUCCUUGGAGCAGGUUUUGAUUUCCAGGACGCAUAAGCAUUUUAGACAUUUGUAUCUGGACAACUCUGUAAUUUUUUGAGUCAGUAGACGAAUGCCUGCCACUCAUAGAGCUCUAUCGCAGACAAAUCCCUCUUCUGCACAGUAUAGCUGUGUUUCCUCAUUGCUGAGUCUAUACAGUAAUUAACACAAGAAUGUUUCACCAAGAACCAGAUAAUGAAAUCAUGGUGCAAUUAAACCAAGUUUACAUUUAUAAAUUGUGAGAUGUGUAUACCUUUUAUUAAAUACUCGUACCAGUGGGGAGCCAAGUGCCCCCAGUGUGAGCAGAGAAGCCAGCAGGUUUAAGGCUGGCACCAGUCUCUGCCCAGUGCUAACGGACAGGCAUGAGUUAAAAACUGGGAGUGUUUUACGGGGAGGACAGACACAGCAGAAACCCAGGUUUUCUGCCUAUGUCCUUUCCUCUUUAAUUUAUUGUGACUUUUACACAGUGGGGAAAGGUACACGGUUGUUUAUUUUUAAUAACUGCAUUUCAAAUGUGGAUUUUACAAGCAAUGAUGAUGAUGUGAAGUGAUGUAGUGCCAUCGCUGAGUUUAGGUUUUUGUCUUUAAAUUUACAUGGGUUCCAAGUGAGUGGGUUUUUGAAAACGUGGCUGUGGUUUUGUUGACUUUAAAAAAAAAAAAAAAAAAAAAAAAAAAAGGUUGAGAGCUGAAGUGUCCUGAUGAGACGGAGGAGGUUUGAGAAGCUUUGGCCUUACUGACACGUUUUAUUUUUUUCCUUUGUAUAAAAAAAGACAACAACAACAAACGUCUCUGUAGGCUUUUCACUACCUCUCAUGUUGGUUAAUUUAUUUCACAUCUAGUUGUCAAUGUACAAGUUGUUUUUAGAUCUACUUGAAGCCUAACACUGUAAACAAAAAUGUGCACAGAAAAAUGACCAGAGGGGGUUUAAGAAAGCUCGGCCUAGUCAACGUUAUUUUUUUGUUUGUAUGUAUGUUUGUUUUUAAUUGUGUUGAGCUGAAUUAGAUUUUGCAUCUCUAUAUAUAAAGAAUUCAGGAAUCCACUGUCUAAGGGCUAAUCCCAUUUUUGCCUAUGCAAAUCUGUUACUGUGGGUGAGUUGGGAAAGGGCGAGCUACCGUACCUUUCACCUGUGUUGGAUGGACCAUGGUUUACAUUGCCCUUUGCUGAUAUUCUUCAAUCUUAUUCAGCAAAAAUGUACGCUUAUUUUUGUUUCUAUAUAAAUAUUAUAUAUAUAAAUAUAUAUAAAACAAGUAAUAUACAGAGAAAAUAGUAUAUGCCUUCGUGAUGAUAAAAAAAGAAACCUUGCUGAAAACAAAUAAAUGUGUUGUCUGACAUUAUGUGGCUGUGUGCUGGAGUCUUGGUAAGAUGAUAGAGACGACUGGAAUUCAACUGACAGUUAAGCGACUGGCUGAAAAGUUGACCGACUGACUGUCAGGAAAAAAAUCUCAUUACUCAAUGAUACAAUACGAGUAGCUGACCCUUUGCGGUAUUUCCUAGCUGAGGGGGGAAAAACUUUAUUUAUUCAAGGAGCAACCACAUCUUGACUUUCUGUGACAAAUAUUGUUAUCCAGCCCCAGCCUGUGAGGUACUCGGGUCACCCAGGACUUGUCCUCGUCGUUUUUUCACUGUAACAUUUGGUCAUUUUAAAAGCAAGACUAUGUAACCUUUGCUAAACAAAGGCCGUGGUGGCCACAGGUGACCGUUAAAGGAUAAGGGCAACUGAUAAAAUAUUGUGUCAACGUAGCACAAGUAGAGAAAAGUCGAGUCAUAAAGUCGGCAAGCUGGUGGUCACACCAUCCCAAGUCAGGGUGCGACGCCAAAACCUAAUUGAAUUGAACUGAGCAAAGGUAGGUUUUACGGCUUAUGAAUUCAAAUUUUCCUUUGUAAGAGUCGGACUGUAUUAUUUCUUCAUGCAAAAGUUGCAUAGUCUCACUUUGAAAGGGCUGAGUUGGAGCAAAGCUGGAAACAAGCUGAGUUAUUAAUGGUAUCUGCCUUCGAGAUGUGCACUGUCCAUACGUCAGUCACAUUUUAUAAGCCAGUAACUCGUGAAAAAAGAAAAAAGGUCACUCGCCGUGAAAGAAUUAACAUUUUUAUCGUGAUUAUCUCUUGGUUGUUUGUCAGUGGACACUGCUCAGCUGUUGUGACUUUGUAAUCAGAUGAGUGCAGCACCAUGUCAUCAGCAAACAGCAGCAACUUAUUUUUCUAUUCUUCAACUCGUUGUUCUUUUUGUAGCUACAUCCAGUCAGACUAUCACUGUGUGAAUACAGUAGCGUUGAUGUGUGGAACACAUCAGCAAAAGUGUUUUUUUUGUUGUUUUUUUUGUUGUUUUUUUAAAUAUUCCACUAAUGCAAAAUGUAAAAAAGUCAAUAAUAGUUCUCGUCACUUACGAGACCAUUCACUCAGCUCUUAUGAGCCCCUUUUAGCUUCGAGUUGAUGUUUAAUUUAGAGCUAAUAUAUGUUUUUUUUAUUAUGAUUAUUCUUUAUUUGUUCAGAAAGUUUAGCUCAGAACCGAAAUGGAAAUGACGGUUGGAGAGUUGAUGUUGUGUACAUUUUCCCACAACUCCUCACGGCGCGUCGUGGCUAAGCGAAGACAGGUUUACCUGUGAACUGCUGUUGGUUUUCAACUCAACCUGCUUUUGUGUGUUCCCUCAGUUGGAUUUGGUGCCUCUUUUAUGCUUCACAACAGACCUCAAGACCUCUUUCUGUCUCGCUGUCUGUCUCACUUCCUCUCUCCGUAAGAUCACACGUGCAACACCGUUUAUAGCAGUUAGGGCAGGGAAGGUCUCGUUCUACAGCAAAAAUCACACUGAAGUUUGUUCCUCCUAUAGAUGAAUACUGUCACCCUCAUACCUCUUCCAGAGGUGUUUGUGCUAUGGGAAAGAGAUUGUGUUUGUGCGGGUACUGGUAGACGCUGGUUUUCAAAAGUUUUAGGCAAUCACUUUUCUCUUUAUUGAUUUAGAUGCCUAAGCCUCUUGGUUUUUGUCAUGCCUGUGUAGAUACGGUAGAUCACAGUCGUCGAGAGAUGAUCCGCAGGUGAAAAUAAAAAGAAUUUUACCGUCACUUUAGGCGACUAAAAAAAGUGACAUUUUUUCUAUUCAGCAUGCUUUUUGCUAAAUAAAUGAAAUAAUUCAGUUAUUUGCUAUAAACGAUACUGUAUGAGUAUGUAUUCAAGUACUGCAGUAUGCAGACAAUUAAAAAUAUCCGAAACUCUUUUGAGAGGUUCAUAUUUUUCUUCUAGUAUGUUUCACUAAUAUUGAUUAUAGGUUAUAGGUACUUAAUUCUUGUUUUGAGUGUCUGAAUUACCAGAAUGACUAAAGGACCCUCUUUGUAUUAACAAAUAUAGACUAUGGUUGGUUAUUUCCACAUGCAUGACUUGCAGAGCAACUUUACCAGGACAGUUCUAGCGCAGCAGGCUUUUUAAUUAAGAAUUUUGGUCGGUCAGGCUCAAGGUUACGCUAUUUUUCACUGGCUGCUUGACAACUUUUGAUGAUGACUGAGAAUCCUGACUGUUUUAGUUACAUCAAGGCAGGUGACAUUUUUAUCCUCGUGGUCCCUAAUGGUCAAAAAAACUGUAACUGUAGCACUGAAAAGACUUUUCCGUCUUAUUAGUCCAGCCUUGAUGAAACACCAUCCUCUGUUGUAGAAUAGCACAGGAGGGACUCAUCUCGCCUUGCCUCGUCUUACAGGGCUGUAUAUCUGUACUUCAAGACAGAGCUGGUACAAAGUUCAAAGCACUGAUCAUUAGGGAAUUUGUACAUUGUGAGAAACAUUCAAUUAUGUUGGUAUUGGCAAUUCUCUGCAUGAUAGUACAAUACAGAUGUGACUUUGGUUUUGACGGAGGACAGUAGAAUCAAGAUUAAAAACGUAUUUACACCCGAGUCUAGUUUAGUAAAUGUGGACUUGAUUUGGUUAAUACAUUUACAAUAGCCGUGUGAAAUUGUAGUAAAAAUGUGAUGAGCGUGGAGUAAAUAGUCUUUUUGGGAAAUACACAUUCAUACGACUGUGAAGCUAUAACCAGCAGCCGGUUAGUCUUAGCUUAGCUAGGACUAGCUAGCUAAGACUGACUGCUCUCCUGGCACAGUGAACCUCUUAAGCUCCUUAAUUUGAUCUAAUUUGUGAAAUCCACACAAAAACCAAGUGUAAAAAUAACAAUUUAUGGUUUUGUGGGGGGUAAUGUGCCAGACUAUUCCACGGCGACUCAAGAAAUAGUUUUGCUAAGCUAAGCUAUGCGUCUGCUAGCUCCGGCUUCAGAUUUAUCACAUCUACUGAGGUGGUAUUGAUCUUUUCAUCUAACUCUUGGAAAGUAAAACGAAUAAGUGUAUUUCCCAACUGUCUAUUCCUUUUUAAAAUAAAAUUAAAAAUUAAAAAAAAAAUAAUUGAGCUAUAUAAAAAUUUAAAAACAAGGAAAAAGAAGUUUGAAUAUGCCUGACAUAGUGGUCAAUGCAACUGUCCCAGUAAGUACAACAAUGCUUCUUUUGUGGAGAAAAUGUGCCAAAAUUAUAAUCUACCUUUUGUUUCAAUGUAAAGGGGUCAAAGAAAUUGUUGGAAUACAAAAUCACAAAAUUUGUUGGACUCAAACAGUUCCUUAUGAAACACAUUGUUAUUUGUCUUUUCACGUUGCUGUCACAGGUUUGUGUCAUCUCUCUGAAUCAUCCACCUAUAAUCUGCUUCAUCUACAUGUAAUCAACAGGCCUGAAGACUUUAAACAGACACUGAACAUUUUGAAGCUGGACUGAUGUGGACUACAAGCAUCCAUAUCAGAUCUAAGUGAAAUCGUAACUGUGUAACAAAAGAAGCUGUUCACUAUUUUUUAAUUUGUUUUGUACUGUUUUAAUUUAUUUUAACAGGUUUAUUUCAGUCAUUGUUUUUUUUGUUUUUUUUAACUCAAAAGACACAAAAAAUUGUUGUUCAUCAGCCUUUAACUUCAUAUGAAUUACCAUCGCGUCAACAGCGUGUUCAGUUGUGGUACAUUUUGAUCUACGGUUCAGUCUCUGUCUUUGUUUACACAAUGACAUCUUGCAUUAAGAGAAAAAUACUCCAAUCUAUGGUAACAGCCCUUGAAUAUCUGUAAUUUAAAUUGUGCUGCUAGAGAAAGAAAUCUAAAUGUAACAACUUACAAUAAAUACUUAAUA